AUCCAGAUAUUUGCAAACUGCAGUCUGCAAUGCAAUUAUUAUUAUCUUGUACAGUUGCAAUGGAUGGAGCCUGUGUUCCUCUCCCUUCACCUUCAUCUUUUGCAACUCCUUCUAAAUGUUUUCCCCUUCCCUCUUCAUUAGUAAACCAUAACCGUGACUUCUUCCUUGCAAAACCCCAAAACAAGACCCUCUUCACUCGGUGCUCCGUCGCCAGCUCCGCCGUCGCCGUCGACCGAGACGAAGCUUCCGGUUUAGGAAAACCCGACACGGCUGGUUUACCCAAAGUCGAUAAAACCGGCCGGUUUUGCAGUCCCAGAGCCGCCAGAGAACUUGCCCUGUCUAUAAUUUACGCUUCGUGCUUAGAGGGUUUGGACCCGGUUCGCCUGUUUGAGAAACGGUUGAAUGAGCGGCGAGAAGCUGGGUAUCAAUUUGACCAGAGGAAAUUGUUGGAGUAUAAUCCUAUGAGUUUUGCGGGACCACCUGUUACUGUUCAAUCGGAAGAAGAAGCAAAUGAACUUCUGCGGAACAUUGAAAAGGAGUCUGAUCUUGAAGCGGAAAUCCUUUCAGCUCCUCCAAAGCUGGUAUAUAACAAACUUAUAUUGAGGUUCACAAGGAAACUAUUAGUUGCAGUCAGGGAUAGUUGGGACAGUCAUGUCCUUGUUAUUAACAAAGUUGUCCCACCAACUUGGAAGGAUGAACCAGCAGGGAAGAUUUUAGAGCUUUCUAUUCUUCACUUGGCAAUGUCUGAAAUGACAAAGCUAGAAACAAUACACCAAAUUGUCAUUAAUGAGGCGGUGGAUCUCGCUAAACGGUACUGUGAUGGAGCAUCCUCUCGAAUCAUUAAUGGCUGUCUACGCACAUUUUAUAGAGAUACAGAGAAGGCAUCAGAUAGAUAAUGAGUUAAUGGGAUCUCUUUUCUAUAUUGUCUGUUCAUUGUUGCCUUGGGAAUGUUGAGAAUAUUGACCUGGAUUUCAGGAAUAUCACCUAUAUGUAGCUUUAUGGAACCAUAAUAGGUAGCUAGGUACAAGGGGCAAGGUUUGGAGUAGGAAGGAAUGAUUGAAUCUGAUACCGUUCCCUUAAGGUUUAAUUGCACUUUUGGUCUCUCUUUAAUAGUAAUUGUGCGAUUUUGGGUUC